GGCAAGGAAAGUGACGGUCCCCGCGGUGCUGCUUCGAUAUAUCCCAGUCGAGCUGGAGGUCGACGCAAGUCAACAUCCACUCGGGAAAAGCAAUGCGCUUCUCAACGACGAACUGGGAGAUGUGUUGACCGCACGUACAAGUAUAUUGUCAACUUUUUCAAGG